UUACCCUCUUUGAGAGAAAUAAACAUAAUAAAAUCGCCAAACGAUGCAAAAGUUACAAGAAAGUGUUUUUUCAAUAGUUAAAACUACUAGUUUAUCGCCUGCUGUGUUUAGUUUUCUGCAACCAACUGAAGAUUUCUCAGAUAAAACAUUACCUUUGGGCGGAAUUCUUCGUGACACGAAGUAUGGAUGGCUAGCGCUCGGGCCUAAAUUCUGCGUAGUUGAUUUACGAAGCGGUCUAAAAGUAGCCGCUAGAACGUUUGGUUAUGGCCUCAGCAAUAGCAUCAAUGUCACGAGUGUUGUUGAACUACCCACACCCCUGACAGACAACUCUCAACAGCUGAUCAUCAGUUUAGACCUCAAUGGUUCAGAGGGACUUAUCUGCGUGUUCCACGUCAAUGGGUCACAGCUGCUCCGCUCCAUAAAGACGGAUGUUGUUGUCACAGAACUGGCAGUCUGUGAUGAGGCUCCUAGUGGGCCUCUCAUGUGUUUCGAUGGACUGGUCAUGGCUGGCACUUGCCGGGGAGAGAUAUUUGUGUUUGAUCUCAACAGAGCUUGUUUGAUACAAGCUCUAAAAGAUAUAUCACAAGGUAAUGAACACCUAGUGCGUAAUGAAGAGAACUCAACAAAUCUGGUAUACCUAAAAGCAGUACAUAAAAUAGAAUCUCAAAGGGACUUUGCCAUUGAGAAUGACGAUCAUCUGGGUCUGCUCUUGAAUGAAGAUUCAUUUCUGGAAGGGCAAUAUAUAUUUCGUAAUCCUGAUGGCACAGUCCGAAUGAAAGCUAAACAAAACCACAUCAGAGUGACAGUACUCCAGUAUAUACCACAGUUGGGUAGUUUGGCUGUGGGAUUUAACUUUGGGGCCUUUCAAAUAUGGAAUAUGCUGAAUUUGGAAUUGGAAUUUACAUCACAAGUCAAUGUGGAAUGCUUGCCAGUUACACAUUUCGGAUUCCAGGAGCCCUGUGAUGACCCAAGAGCAUUCUGCUAUCUGUGGGUAGUGUUCUCUGUGAUAGACAGAUUUGAGGAGGAGGAGUUUCCCUUGGCUGUGAUGUACUCUUUGACUUAUCAGGGAAAGAGAAUGUUAAGUGAGACCAAAUCUUUAUACCAGGAAUUUUCGACAGCUACAAUACGUUUUCAAGUAGAACUAUGUGCAAUAGAAGACGUGUCACAGUUCAUUGGAGGCCGUUGCAUCUCCUGUCACCCUUACUCCAUUCGCUCAACAUUAGGGGAAGAGGGAGAGGACACUAUGUUGAACCUAUGCCAGCUGGUAUGGGAAUGCUGGGGCGAGACUCCAGCUUGUAUACAGUAUGGCAUGCUGCUGUUUGACCUAGACCAAUGGUACAAAGAUCAGAUGCCUGCAACAUAUCAGCUAGAGAACAACGCGUUUAUGAGCACGGCGCGGUGUCCAGAGAUCAGUCGCGGGUCGUGCCUCACGCUCGACCUGAGGCUCGACCCCACGUCGCUGUCACCCUACUCCCACGCGACCAGACUGGAGGAGCAUUUCUACCCCAACUCCCUACAGUACAAUUGCGUAUGCCUGAACACUUCGGAGGCGUCGACCAUCCACACGGUGGGCGUGCAGCGUCAGAUCCUGCGCUCAAUGUGCGCGGCCGGCCCUAGCUGCCUGCUGAGCCCUGCGCGGCUGCACGCGGCGUGUCGCGGCGCGGGCCUGGCGCCGCUCUACUGCGACGUGCAUGCGUCGUACGCGCCUACGCCGGAGGAACAACGUCACUUCCUCCUCUCUGUGGCACUGGAGGCUCGUCUGUCAAGAUUUCUGAAACGCUGCGCUCACGACUGGGCAACCGGGACACACAGCGGCGUAGGAUGCACUCUCACAUUUUUGGUUGACUGGUGUUGGAAAAGAGCUAUUGAGUUGAAGGAGAACGCGAAAGAACUGACUGCACCACUGUUUACGUCUGCAACAUUACCAGACAGAAACGUCGUUCGGUGUUUGGAACAUUGUGUCCAGCAGCUGACAGCACUUACAGGACUUCUGGAUGCUGUCCUCACUAAGUGCUGCAACCUGGUUGUCCCUGAUGCGCUAAGUGAAAUGGAAGAAAAGUACAAGGGCAUAGGCACAGUGUCGCUGUACUUCCAAGUGGUGCAGUGGUUCGUGCGCGUCGGCUUGCUGCCCGAGCGCCUGCACUCCUUCGACGCGCUGCCCUACCCCGCGCCGCAGCUGUACGCCACUUACAACAAACGCCGAACCAAACUACACAGACUGCAAGAUAAGCCAGAUGGCGAGUCUGCAAACAAAUCUUGCCCACUACUAUACAUUGACCAACUGAUUGAAUACGAGUUUGGUGGCGAAAGGGUGCAUCAAAUGUGGGUAAAAGGCGGAAGCGAAUGCGGCGGUCUGUACCCGCCGCCGUCGCUAUACGCACUACUCCGACUUUACCUGCUGCCCGAUAUCGCUCUAGAGCAUAAACAUUCUCUUUUGCUCUAUCUCUUAUUGGACUAUUCUAUGCUGUACGAUGAAAUAAGGUACGAAGCUGUGAUCCGUCGACUGAUGCAGUUCCCCACAAUGUUUGGUCUAAGCAAUACUGCAAUCAAAGCGACGCAGGCGUUUUGGCAUCUCGACCACAGGGACUUUGAUUUUGCUCUAGACCAACUGCAAUGUCUUACUGGCAACACACUAUCGGACUGGCAACACCACGUGGUCCUAUCAUCACUACUGGCACAGAAGAAGACCCAAGCGGCCUUACAAUACUUGCACGUUAAGAAACCACCGCCCAUACAGAACAUGAAGGAUGGAGAGGACAAUGUGAACGAACACUACAAGCUGGAGGACUGGCAGUCCUGCUGCAACCUGUACUUGGCAAGAGGACUUGUGUUUGAGGCUCUGGAUGUGAUCCGGAUGUGUGUACGGAAUGCAGACUCUCUUGCGGAUAAGGCCCAUUUGCUCAAUUUCUUUUAUAAAGGAUGUCGCAACACCGGCCAACUGUCGAAGGUCCUGCAAGUGACGCUGCUGCCGUUAGAGGAGGAGAUGUUUGUGAAGUAUCUGCAGGAUUGCAACGAGUCGCAGACAUCUGAACUGCUUGUCAUGUAUUAUUUACAACAGGCGAGAUAUUUAGAAGCAGAGCAGUACAACAGUAAGCUCAAGUCAAAAGGACGUCCCAAGGACAUGACAACGUCCGCGGAGUCCAUACUGGACGUGUUGGACAGGGAGAACGCUAGAGACGCGCUGGUGGAGGUGGUCUGCGCCUCUCUGCCCACCAUCGCUACCUCAGUGGCCAGAUGUGCCUUGACGGACUUUGAGACUCACAUUGUAAAACCGAAACCCAUGUCAGUUUACGUACAAGCUUUGUCGCCAAAAAAUACCUUUACCUACAAGUCAUCUUUUAUACAAGAUACCAUAGAGAACGCAAGCGAGACUUGGUUGAACAGGCCGAAGUUGAAAAAAGGUUUGAAACGCGCUCUAAACGUUCAAGACACUCCAUUUAUUUGCACGCCAAAAACGUAUAAAUCAAAAAGCCUAUUGUCUUCUGAACAAAGAGGAUCGGAAGCGACACCAGCAAAACGAAUGAAAUUGGACUUUACGGGCACUCCGCGAACGCCCAAAAUGCCUUGCAGUCUCAAAGUCAGUGACGUUCUCAGUCAACAAAUGGCCAGUUUGUUGGACAUGCCCGAAGUGCAGACCCCACAGAAAUAUUACGACAGAAGCGGGGCUGAGACUCCACAGAGUAUAUUGAAAAACCGUCGUUUGGAUGAGCGCGACGUGCCUUCGCCGGCAGACUCCAGAUACCUGUGCGACAGUGAUGAAGACGAACUGGAGACUGCCAGCAACCACACGCAUUACAGCGAUUCCACUAAUAAGCAUCUCCGGUUCACAAUCCCAACUGCAUCGGAGGGAGGGUCAACACCCUCUCCUGUGGCCAUUCCAGUGAAGAGGGAGACUGAGGACGAGAGGACAGAGGACGAGAGAGGUGGACACAGUGACAGCUAUAAGAGUACUAUGAGUGAAAUUCAUCCUAUGGAGUCGCCACCGAAAAAAUUCGCCGCCGAAGGAGUGAAGUCUAAAAAAACAUACAAGGACAUUGUUCGAGCCAGGAGAUCACUAUCUAUAUCGGCUAACAGUAGCCUAUCGGACGAUCCAAACACGUCUAUAGAAAGCAUCGCAGAUAUACCAGUCACACUCUUCAACCCGCGCUAUUCGGGCGGAAUGAAACGACCCUCAUUCACAGACAAUAAAGAGACUGAAAGAGAGAUUUCGCAAGAGAAAGAAGAGAAAGAGAUUUCGCAGACGAAAGAAGAGAGAGAGAUGGAAGUCGAUGAAGAGAAGAUAGAGUGUCCCAGAGAUACAUAUGUGCCUAAAACGCCUCAAGGUCGUAGGAGUAUUCGGUCUGGAGUUAGAGAAAGCGCGCCUUUAAGAUCUCAUUCCACUACUCCUGAAAGGACGGAUUCACCAGUUGUUACCCCAUUACGGACAGCAAGAGCUACCAGGACACGUUCAAGAUCACGUACUCCAGAAAUAAGUCCGCGUUCGUCACCGCUUGCACCCAUCUUGGAGCAGCCCAAGCAAGAGGUGGAAAGUGAACCCCAUCUUAAGGCCACUACACUUAGCGUUCCCAGGCAGCUUCGAAGCAGGUCGCGCACUCCGGAGAGACAAGACAAGCCGUACAAAGAGUCUCCGCGUUUGGAAGCCAUCAAGGAAUCUCCCACCAAAGUGACUGACUCGCCGCCCGCCUCACCUAAACGCAGCAUGAGGAGUCGCUCACGAACGCCUGAAGUCACAAAUGUUCCUGAUCAACCAGUAGCAAGCUCGCGUAGUUUAAGAAGUCGCUCCCGCACUCCCGACUUGGAAACUGUGGAACAGAAAACUGUAUCCAGUCCUCGCAGUUUAAGAAGCCGUUCUCGUACCCCUGAAGUGGAAAUAACUAGUGAACCAGUUGCUGUAAGUCCACGUGCUUUAAGGAGCUGUAGGGCGAAAACACCAGAAAAACUCAUGUCACCAAAGAAAGAACACGUUUCUCGAAGCAAAAAAUCCCUCACACGUAUUGUGCUCGAAGCGAAUACAUUCGCUAAAACUAAACAACAACUUGAAAUGUUAGAGAGUGAAGCUGCCGAGGAAAUUUCCGACAGCGCCAUAGAAUGCACACCUAUGAAGUCCUCUAAAGAAAUUUCUACUUUGAUGGAUAUUACUUUUUCGCCUAUAACUAACAAAUCUAUACUACAAAGUUCUACAGAAAGUUUACUAUCGGUCAGUACGGAAAAGGACAUUAAACAUGCAGAGGACAGUAAUACUAUAACCAAACCAUUGCCUUCAUUUACAAUUAACGAGACUAGAAUAGAGAAAUCUGUGUUACAUAGCUAUGAAAGCAGUGUGGCCGAUAAUUCUGAUACUCAUGAAGAAAAGACCGAACCAGUAGUCGUAAUUCACAGUGAUGUAAAACUAUCAGCCUUUACGACAAUACAUGAAGAUUUCGGUAAAUCAGUACUGCAAAGUGCAGAAAGUAGCAUAGAAUCUAGUAAUCAAACAAAUGUACAAAAUGAGGAAAUAGCUGUGGAAAUUCCGAAGCUCUCUUUUAAAUUAAAUGAAACUAAUAUUGAGAGAUCAGUUUUGGGUAGUUGCGAGAGUAGUAUUGCCCAGGAUUCUAUAAGUAAAAGUUUGAUAACAUUUAAAGAUGACUCAAAUAUAAUGACAAGUGACAGUGAAAUGGAAAUCAAAGAUACAUGGAAAUCUCAAAUGGAGACUCAGGCGAGAGUGAUUCAAAAAGAGAAAGAGAGUAUAGUUGAGAUUGUAAGAGAGAUAAACGAAAUCGAAGGAGAAAUGUCGGAUGAUUGUCAUAUAGAUACAGAUUCUGAAGACGGACAAGAUGAUGAGAACGAAGACGAUGAUGAUGAGAAUGAGGAGGAUGAUGAUGAAGACGAGAUUGAUAAUGAUGACGAAGAGAACGAUAGUGAAGAUUCCAAUGAGAAUGAUGAAGAUGGAGAAAGUAGCGAAGAAGAGGAACCGCAAAUUGACAAUGAUGUUAUUUCCAUCGAUGAUUCGGAUGACUCGUCAAAUACUAAUACACUCCAAAUAGAUGAGCCAUCAUCAUCUGAUGUAACUUCGGAUCCAAUCGUAGUCCGUGAGAUUGAGUUAAUAGAACACGAAUCCUACACUCAAGUUAAAGAAAUACCUAAAGUCUACGAACUGAUUGCAGAGUCGCAUACAGACUACGAUAAAAUUAUAGAGAUACCUAUGAAAGGCGGUAAAGUAGAGGAAAUUAUAAGCAAAGUCCAAAUGGAUAUGGCCUCAGACCACGUUGGUGAAACUGCUAUGGAGUUCGAGUCGGUUGUGGAAGAAAAUACAGUAAAUCUAUUAGAUGAAGCUCAGAUGUCCAUUCUAACCGAUGACAACUCAGCACUUGCGUCAGAACAGUCUAUUAAUUUAAUUUACUCAGACGAACAAAAAGGCGAGGAAGACAAAGCAAAGAGCUAUGAUACCGCAAUGAAAAUUGAUCAACCUAAUGUGCCGCAUGAUAUACAUUCGAUUGAAAAUAAAAAGCCGGCUGUAGCUAAAGAUUUAGAUAUAAGUAAUGCAGGUGAUGAUGUUCUCAAAGUUGAAAUGGUAGAAGAAAAUAUUGAAGAAAACCUUGAAAAAAUCACCGAAAGCGGAGCUAAAGAAAUUAAAGAAGUCGCCGAAUCUGAAAAGCCCUCCAUUAGAAAACGUACAAAAUCAACAUCGGAUACAACAAAAGAGAUAGCACCAAAAACUCCGACACGUAGAAGAACACAAUCAAACGCUUCCAUUAAGUCUGAUGUGGAAAAAUCACCGGAAAGCGUAAACGAAGAAGUUGCCACACCGUCUUCUAGAAGACGAAGAACUCCAUCAACAGAAAAUAGAAGAAUUAUAACCCGUCGAGCUUCUAAAGAACUACAGGAAGAUGUAUCCAUGAUAGAAGAGGAAGCUCCGACACCUAGACGUCGCACCACACGUUCUAGAAGUAAGAAGGAUGAUGACAACGACAGUGUUACUUCUGACACAUCUGUAAAAUCGUCCAGAAGUAAGGCAAGCGAAGACGCUGGCGAAGUCAGAAGCGUUAGGAAACGUAGGCCUUCGUUGAAACCAGAAUUAACUGUGAUACCCGAAGUAAGUAGUGAGGACUCCCGGCCGGAAACUGUUGAAACUGUUGAAGAUAUUGUUAAAGAAUACAGCAAUACUAGAAGAUUAUCAAGACAGCAGAAGAAAAUGCUGGAGUCCCUAGUGGAGCACCCCACCCCGCGCACCCCGCGCCGCCGCGCCAGCGCCACCUCUCGCUCAGAAGCGGAAGAGGACGAUGUGUCCCCCUCGGCGCACUCCGCUAUUGAUGAAGGUUCAGUCGGAACCGAUGAAUCGCGACCAUCUCCGGACUCUACCACCCCAGUUAAACCAAAAGCUCGUACCGCGCGUUCGGCAUCCGAGACGAAAGCUUCGCCGAAACCCGCCAGAGCUACCCGCAGGAUGUCCGUCGAUAUUGCAGCCGCAGGGACGGCGUCCCCGGCGAGCCCGGCGCGCGGGCGCCGCGCGUCCUUCACGCGUGCCUGCGAGGCGCUGCUCACGCCCAAGAGCAGGCGACCUUCCACUGAGAUCAAGAGCCAGCAAGGCUCCCCGACUUCGGAGGCGGAGGCCCCGGCGACCCCGGGCACUCCAGGCAGACGCAGGCGUCGCGCCUCCAAUGCCAGCCAGAAAUAGAGCCGUAUGACGAACAGAAAUCCAUGUGCUGAUAUCAAGAAACCACUUCUACUAAUUUUGUUUAUUUAAUUUCCAUUUUUUUUUCUACUAAUCAAAUAUCGUUGUGUUGCAUUUACAAAAGAAUAAAUAAUAAUAAGUAUAAGAGUUACAAA